AUAAACGUUGAGGAAUUCUCUGUAGUGUCCGAUAAUCAUAGUGGCCAUCGGAAAUGGCAGCAUACACAUUACCGGAGGGAUUCUCCGAUUUUGACAUGUUUGCAUUCGGUUCAGCUCUUCUUGUUGGGGGUCUUCUUGGAUUCUUCCUCAACGCCAUUUCGAUAUUGGCAUAUAUUAGUGUAAAGGAAAUGCGAACUCCCAGUAAUUUCCUUGUCUUUAACCUUGCUGUGGCUGACAUUAUGCUCAAUACAACUGGCCUGAUCGCUGCAUUCGCCAGCUUAUCUUAUAGACACUGGCCCUGGGGCCAAGACGGAUGUAGCAACCACGCCUUCAUGGGAAUGACAGCAGUCCUGGCCUCUGUCAGCUUCCUGGCUACCAUCGCCUGGGACAGAUAUCACCAAUAUGUCACCAAUCAGAAGCUGUUUUGGAGCACAGCCUGGACUUUUUCUAUCGUUAUCUGGGGGAUGGCCAUCUUCUGGGCGGCCGUCCCUCUGACUGGUUGGGGAGUUUAUGACUUUGAGCCCAUGAGGACCUGCUGCACUCUAGACUACACCAAAGGAGACAAGGACUACAUGACCUAUAUGGGGGCACUGACUGUCUUCUACCUUAUCUUCCCUGCUUAUGUCAUGAAGUCCAACUACGACGCCAUUCACGCAUACUUCAAGAAGAUCCACAAGCACAGGUGGAACACCAGUGUACCACUGAGAGUUCUGUUGUUCUGCUGGGGACCCUAUGAAAUCAUGUGUAUCUACGCCUGCUUCGCAAACGCCAAACUGGUCUCUCCAAAGCUGAGAAUGUUGCUUCCAGUUUUGGCGAAAAUGAACCCUAUUUUCAACGCGUGGCUCUAUUCCUUUGGGAACGAGUUCUACAGAGGAGGGGUGUGGCAGUUCCUGACUGGUCAGAAGUUUACAGAGCCCGUCGUUGUGAAGUUAAAAGGAAGAUAAAGGAAGUUCUCCUUAGUUACAGUCAUAGAAUUAGAAUGGUCAGAGUUUCUAUGCCUAUUCUACUCAUUCUAAUUCUAUGGUUACAGUACCGUACAGGCCAUAGAAUUAGGAUGUUCCAUGUUCCAUUCUACUCAUUCUAAUUCUAUGGUUACAGUACCGUACAGGCCAUAGAAUUAGGAUGUUCCAUGUUCCAUUCUACUCAUUCUAAUUCUAUGGUUACAGUACCGUACAGGCCAUAGAAUUAGGAUGUUCCAUGUUCCAUUCUACUCAUUCUAAUUCUAUGGUUACAGUACCGUACAGGCCAUAGAAUUAGGAUGUUCCAUGUUCCAUUCUACUCAUUCUAAUUCUAUGGUUACAGUACCGUACAGGCCAUAGAAUUAGGAUGUUCCAUGUUCCAUUCGACCAUUCUAAUUCUUUGCUACAGGCCAAAUUCAAACAACAACAUCAUCAUCAUCAUGCACUCUCAUUGCAGUAGGUUUCACAUUGGAAGAAUGCUAUCUGUACAAGGUUGUAAAGUAAAUCUUAAUGGUUUAUUUUGAUGGCUUGGGAUACCAUAUGCCAAUGUAGCUUGUCAAUAGCGAUAUGGUGACUGUCCAUUCAAAUAGACUUUGGGGAGAGGCACCUGUUCUUAGGUUGAAUGAUGUAUCAUGAUUUACUAGACAUGAUUGGCUAGACAUGAUUGACUAGACACUCAUUGACCUAUGUUUUAAUACAAAUACCACAGUGCUCUCAAUGCCAUGUUCACGUUGAGUGAUUUUAAGGUAGUAAAACCAGUGUGAUCAACUUAAAGUGGACGAGACUGAAUUUUAGUGAAGUCAUGUUCAUGUAAAACUGAUUUUAUAUCCAAUAGCUCUACUUCUAGAACUCUCCCUGAUGUAUUCCUCUAACACUGUAAUAAACGCAGCGAGGUAUGCUGUCAUGUGCUGCUCUUCAA